UCAUUAUCUUUAUAUAAACUCUUCAUAGGUUCAUGUCAUGGGAACAUCAAUGUAAAAAAUUAUAUACAAAUAAUAUAAUUUAUUACUCAUAAGUCUUAUGUGAUUUUGUUUCCUGUAUCAUCAUUCAACAUGCAUAGACGGCUUUUAAAAAACCUCCACCAGACUUGUAAAAAUAAAUUUUUAUUCUAUUCCACGUCCCAAAACCAAAACCCAUUUAAAAAGACUUUGGAUGCCUUCAGAUAUGAUGUAUCAAGCAUAAACGAUACACCAACAUAUAAAUAUCCAGAACAUGCUGAUAUUGUUAUUAUCGGCGGAGGUUUCAUUGGUUCGUCUACCGCAUACUGGCUAAAACAGAGAGCCGGUGAAGGACUGUCCGUGGUGAUAUUAGAUAAAGACCUCACAUUCAAAAAUUCUCAAAACUUGCAUUCCUUUAAUACAUUGACUCGACAUUUCUCACUCCCAGAGAAUAUAUUAUUGGCUGAGUAUGGGGCAGAGUUUCUUCGAAAUGUUAAAAAUGAGCUAGGCAACGAUGUAGAUAUUCAAUUUACACCACAUGAAUACCUAUUGCUGGCUAGUGAUGCCUACGCUGACAAACUAGAAAAAAAUGUGCAAAUUCAAAAGGAGCAAGGUCUAAUGAAUAAGUUAUUGUCUGUUGAAAGCAUUCGAGCAAAAUAUCCAUGGAUUGACACAACAGACAUCAAACUAGGUUGCAUAAGCUUAGAAAAGGAAGGUUCCUUUAAUUCAUCGGUCCUCCUUAAAGGUCUCCAAAGAAAAUGUAAGGACAUGGGUACUACCUUUGUUGAGGCAGAAGUUGUUGGCUUUGAAGUAGUAAAACAACAAGAUUCAUUGGUAGAAGGUGUUUCUCCUGGUGAAUUAAAAAGAAUAAAUAGUAUCAAGUAUAGAACUAAAAAUGAUGAGGAAUAUAAUUUGAAAUUUGCUGUUUGUGUCUUAGCUGCUGGAGUAGAAACAAAUAACAUAGCUCAACUAGCUUCUAUAGGAACUGGUGAAGGGCUUCUUGAAAUUUCCCUUCCAUUGGAAAAAAGGCAAUACAAAGUUUAUGCCAUUAAUGCAAAAGAUAAAUUAAAAUUUGACACCCCUUAUAUCAUGGACACCAGCGGGUUAUGGCUAAGAAGAAAUGGUUUAGACAAUACUUUUAUAUGUAGCCAAAUUCCAGCAUUAAAAAAAGAGGGAUUUACUGAACAGGAGUUGUAUAACAAUGUACUGAAGCCAUGUCUGUUGAACAGACUUCAUGGAUAUACUGAUGCAGAUAUUAGUGUCCUAUCAGAAGAGAUGUAUGACAGCAACACAUAUGAUGAUUCUGGAAUAUUGGGACCUCAUGCAUACUAUAAUAACUUAUACAUUGCUGCUGGUUUUGGUCGAUAUGGUGUUCAACAUGCUCCCGGUAUAGGAAGAGGUAUAGCCGAGUCUAUUAUAGAUAGUCACUAUGUGUCUAUUGAUUUAACUAGGUUUGGAUUUGAUAGGCUUUUAUUAAGUGAAUCUUUAGUUGAAUUUAAUAUUUAUUAAAAUUAGUAAGUACCUACAUCAAAAUAA